AUGGGGCUGCGAACGGUGUCGUACGACCGCAAGAUCAAGUCGAUCUUGGCCGAAGUAAAAGUGGCAUAUGAAGGGGAUCAGGCGCGCCGUCUGGCGAAGGUGCAGCUAUCUGCCAGGCCUGACGACUCCAAGAGUAGAGCAGACGACCAAGACGACCUGGUCAGCAUACCGCAGCAGCAACGGAUUCCUAAUCGAGCCAUCCCGUCCCUUCGCUGA